GAGCAAUGGACUGAAAGCAAAUGCUUCCAAAACCAAACUAAUAUUGUCUGGUAAGCAGGAGCGAGCAGAAGCACCUUUAUACAGAAGCAUUGAUGGGAGUAUGGCUAAAGAACAACCGGAAAGCAAGAGAUUUGGUGUUCACGUCCAGAGGGAUCACAUUUGGAACACUCAAAUCCGCACGAUCAAAAUGUGGCUUACUCCUCACCAGAUCAUACUUUUCCUGGUCCUUAUCGACUCGUUUAUAAGCGUAUGUUGUGCCAAAGAACUUAAUCAGAGAUUCUUAUCCGAGACCCUGGAUCACUUUCGAAAAUUUCAUCCAACCAUUGGUCAGCCUUGCACCUUAGUGACUAAUGCAAGAGCAGAGGAUCCCAAUACGUCCAAAAUUAUAAUCGAUUCAAUCCCAACCCAUUUGAACCCAUCAUCGGACCAUGUGAAAAAUACUGCUUGGUGUUUACUGGCCGUUUUUGAUCGCAGUGGGGCCAGAUUUAACCUGACUUUCAAGGCAAUGACGAGGUUAACGGAAAAGGUUACCAAUCAUGCUACUAUUGUUCUUGGUCCCAAACCUCCAAGGAUCGAAUUGGAUACGCUUAGAAGGGAGCUUUUUUGGGCAGAGGAAAUCUCAGAGAACUUUUUUCUGAUUCAUGUGUUUUGCGGUCGUGUCUCAGGGAGCUUUUGGAACUACAACGUUUCGUUUUGGAACCCGAGACUUGGAUUUGGUCAAAGCUUGGAUUUUUUAGGAGCCUGCCCUCCUUCUUUGUGGAACCAAACUCUUGAUGUGGGUCUUGCAGGCAUUAAACCUAUGGUGAUCCCGGGGGAAGAAGGAACUGACCGGGAGAUCCGUGGAACGGACAUUCGACCUUUACAAAUAAUGGCUGAAAUGUACAACAUGGAAUUAAACUUCGUUUUCGGGGACACAGGAUACAUUACACCAGGAUACACCAAUGCCACUGGAUAUUUGGGAGAGCUUUUGCGAGGCGAGAAGGAUGUCGUUUUGCCCAUGGUUUUAAAUGACGCUGGUUAUGCACUUUUCGAUUGCACUCGCUUUACAUUCUUUGUGACCUUACGAUAUGUUACACGUCAUCCGCAGAAAUUGCUUGCAUUUGGAAACUUGGCACGUGGUUUUGAUUCGCUUAGCUGGGUGGCCGUAUUCACCUUUUUGUCCAUGUUCUCGAUGACGUUCGCAGGCAUAUUUUAUGUAUAUAAGUAUCUGUUGAAGGAACCUGAAUUGUACCGAAAUCCGAACUCAGGGAUCGAUUUUGUCCUCAUGACCUUUACCACGUUUGUGGAACCAGAUCCAUUACCAUGGUUCCCCAAAUGGUCAACGGGUCGAUUAGUGGUGUUGUAUUGGUCAUUGUUUGCUUUUCUGGUCGUGAACUUCUACACCUCGAAUUUAAGGACCAACCUAAUUGCUCCAGCUUAUGAAAACAGGAUUGAUACCACUGAGGAUUUUCUAGAAAGUGGCCGUGAAUUAUUCGUUCAUUCAUCCGGCUAUUGGAUGAUAAGGUUGGGAACCGAAGGCAAACUGAAAGAAGUGAUCAAGAUGCUCCGUGACGAGCAAUGGCGCUUCUAUCCAAAUGAGAGAAUGAGCCAAGAUCAGCUGAAUAUUUGGGUUCAAGAGAGAGGUUAUGUGAUUGUGGCUUAUCCCGAAGGAUUAAUGUUGAACUAUUUAUCGAUUCCCGACUACGAAGGACUGCCCCAUCAGACUUACUCCAAAGAGAUCAUCCAUACUAGUUUCAAUGCCAUUCGAUUUCAAAAGUACUCUCCGAUUACCCCGCAUUUGAACCGAAUUUUGACUGCUGCGGACGAAUUUGGACUCUACUAUAAAUUUCUCUAUGAAUAUGUUCCAACUUUGGCGAUGCCUGGACAAUACAUAGCUGGACAAAUUAACGAAUCCGAGUUACGAAUGGAGGUGGACAUGAUCUUGGGCCCUAUAUUCAUCUUAAUCUGUGGCGGCACCCUGGGAACCAUCGCGUUCAUUUUUGAGCUGGUCUUUGCUGCAAGACUCGCAAAAGCUCUGCCGAUCGUCACUGUUCCGACCAAAUAAGAUUAAUUGGGUUAUCAAGAAAAUCGAACAUCAUUCCUCAACAUUUAAAAGUAUGUUUGGAAACGAUGAUGACGUCUCCUUUUAUUGAAACUUAAAGAAAUGUCAAAAAACAGAAUAGUUAAUUGAGGAAAUGUUCAAGACGUCAAACGAUGAAAUCUUACGAGAUAGAGAGAGGGCCCUGCCGCAUGAUUUUUUAAUAAAUGUGGAA